AUGAACAAGAAUCCCUGGAUCACCAAGCCAAACGUUGGCACCGACCUAUUCUUCGCGAGCUCGUACGCCCUGAGCAAGACGCGGUGGCUACUGGCGCUCCAGCUGCACACUAGGGCGUGCGAUAGGUCUUCUGCGGUGGCUCUGUUGGCGGAGCUGCUGGAGUUGGUCGGCGGCGGGAGGGAUGAUGGUGGUGGGAAACAAGAAGAAGAAAUGGAUGUUGGAUUGAGACUGGGAAUCAAUGAGUAA